UUGAGUUCCGGCAGAGGCUGGAGCCUCACGACUUCCGGAUUCGCAAGGGCCUCUCAGUGUGUCCAUGGUUGGCAGAAUCUCUAGGUUUGGAGGGAUAGGAACAUUUGGGGGACCCAGGACUUCUGGGUGGUAGGGAUGUCUAGAAGUCCCAGGAAUUUCUGGAGCAAGAGUUCCCCACACCCAGCCAACGCUUGAGAGUGUUGUUGGGAUAAUGGGAAACUAACCUCCCAGGAGUGGUUAGGGAGGCUGGAAGGGCUGGGAUACCCUCAGCAGGCCUGUGGCAGAGUCUGGCAGAACUGGGCCGAAGGGUGGCUGUGUGCCUUGCGCGCUGACAGGUCCGACUGUGUCCUCCAGAGCCUCCCUUUGCAGACCAUGGACCCUGAGGUGUCCCUGCUGCUGCAGUGCCCACCCGGGGGACUGCCCCAGGAGCAGGUAAGGGUGGAGCUGAGCCCAGCCUAUGAUCGACACCCACUACCAGGAGAGGACAAGACCAUCACAGCCAUCUGGGAGAGCCGGGUGCAGACCCAGCCUUGGCUUUUCAAUGCACCUAAGUUCCGCUUGCAUUCAGCCACGCUGGAAUCCACUGACUCUGCUGGACCACAGCUGCUCCUGCGCCUGGGCCUGACUUCUUACAAAGACUUCCUGGGCACCAACUGGUCCAGCUCAGCUUCCUGGCUGCGACAGCAGGGAGCUACUGAUUGGAAUGACAAACAAGCCUAUCUGGCUGACCCUCUAGGAGUGGGUGCUACACUACUCACAGCUGACAACUUCCUUGUCUUCUUGCGACGCUCUUUGCAGGUGGCUGAGGCCCCUGGAUUGGUGGAUGUUCCCGGUGGGCACCCUGAGCCUCAGGCCCUGUGCCCUGGUGACAGCCCCCAGCACAAGGACUUCCCUGGGGAGCUGGUGGUGCGAGAGCUCUUCUCCAGUGUCCUGCAGGAGAUCUGUGAUGAGGUGAACCUGCCACUGCUCACCCUGAGCCAGCCCCUGCUGUUGGGCAUUGCCCGCAAUGAGACCAGUGCUGGCCGCGCCAGUGCUGAGUUCUACGUCCAGUGCAGCCUGACAUCUGAGGAGGUGAGGAAUUACUACCUAAGUGGGGGACCUGAGGCCCACGAGUCCACAGGCAUCAUCUUUGUGGAGGCACAGAAGAUGCAGAGAUUGCAGGAAACUGAGAUGUGGGCUGAGCUCUGCCCCUCAGCCAAAGGUGCCAUCCUUCUCUACAGCCGGGUCCAGGGAAGUGCCAUCUGAGUUGCCUUGGGGACCCCACCCAGCCCUACCCACAGCUCUGAGGACAAUAAAGGACUUUAUUCUUCAA